GAUUGGCGCGAUUGCCCUGAAAACCAAUCGCAGCGACCCAGCCCACAGCCACAGCGAUCGGGCGCGGACGCGCUUUCUACGCUAGUGAACGUUUACUGCAUUUACUGUCCAUCGUUUUGUUUUGCCCCUACUAAAGUUCAAAGUUCAACCGUUCAACUGCGCUGCUGAGUUGUGCGCGUAGUCGUCUCCAAGCUUGCGGUCUUCAAUAUUUGUGCAGUGUGCGCGUGUGGGUAAAAAUGGCCACUGAGCACCUUAUCGUGCACAUGAUCGUGGCUACAUGCUCUUUCAUCAUACUGAGCACGCAAGUUCAGGGAGAAGUUUACACUGCUUUGGUCGACCUCGAGAAUCUUCUGCACACAGAAGGUGCCAUCGUCCAGACACUUCAGCGUUACCUGGAUGCUGAAGAAGAUAGGCUGGAAAAGAUUAAAAAGCUUCGGCAAGAAUUCAGCCAGCUGCACAAGGCUGCCAGUAGAGACGGGGAUGAGUUCGUUUCCAAUCCUGUAAAUGCAUUCCUGCUUGUAAAGAAGCUCACAGCUGAUUGGAAAACUAUCUCAAGACUCAUGUUGAAUACAGAAGGAAAAGCGAUGGUGGAGAACAUAACACACUCUGGCCACCUGCGCUUCCCAGAUGAAGAAGACCUCACGGGAGCAGCCGUUGCUUUGCUUAGGCUGCAAGACACAUACCGCUUAGACACAGCAAGUCUGGCAAAGGGCCGCAUCCAAGGUGUUACUAGGCCAUCCCCAGAACUUUCUGCGGGUGAUUGUUUUGAGCUAGGCCGGCAGUCAUACAACAAUGAAGACCACUACCAUACAGUAUUGUGGAUGCAAGAGGCACUUGACAGAGUCGAUGAAGAAGUAGACAAGACUGCUGACAGGACUGAAAUUCUGGAGUACCUGGCCUUCUCCACUUUUCAGGAAAAUGUUCAUCAUGCACUCAAGCUGACAAAUGACUUGCUUGCUGCUGUUCCAGACCAUCCUCGUGCUCCUGGGAACAAGCGGUACUAUGAGGAUACUUUGGCAAAACGAGAACAGUACAAACGAGGAGAUGAUGGCGAUAUCUCUGAAGAUGACACCAUUACUUUGAAGAAAAGAUCACCACUUCCAGAUGCUGACUCUGAACGGGGCAUCUAUGAAAGGCUUUGCCGAGGAGAGAA